GCCCGGGUCGCGGUCGCGGCGGCGGCGGGACGCACUCGGCACCCAGAGACCCGAGCGGGCAGAGGCGUUCUUGCUCUCACCCCGCGUACUCACCAUGGCGCUGCCCCUUGGACUUCCUGUGCUGCCCUGAGAAGCUGUCUUGAGAGCAGUUAAGAGCACAGAAUCUGAAGCCAUCUGCAUAGAUGCAUUUCAUCUUCUCAGACAAGGUGGUGCUUCUGUUUGAUUUCUGGAGUGUCCACAGUCCUGCAGGCAUGGCUCUUUCGGUGUUGGUGGUCCUGCUCCUCGCUGUGUUGUAUGAAGGUAUCAAGGUUGGCAAAGCCAAGCUGCUCCAGCAGGUUCUGGUGAGCCUGCCCAUCUCCAUCAGCCAGCAGGUCAUCACGGAGACAGGAUGGGAUGCUGCUGGCUCAGAGUCUCCCCCCAUCAGCAGAACCCACCACAGAUGGUAUUUGUGUCACAUCGGGCAGUCUCUAAUCCAUGUCAUCCAAGUGGUCAUCGGCUACUUCAUAAUGCUGGCUGUCAUGUCCUACAACACCUGGAUUUUCUUUGGUGUGGUCCUGGGCUCUGCUAUGGGCUACUACAUAGCGUACCCACUUCUCAGGAUGGUUUAGCUGGUGAAGGAUGUGCAGGCACCAAGGCUGGGACUCCUUGUUCCAGACAUACUUCCAGCUGCUUUUUCUUCUGAUGUCUCUUCCUCACCUUGUUCCCAGCCACUGGGCUGAAACCUGCAGCACUUGCUUCCUGGAGUCCAGAGACCAUUGCAGUGACCUCACUCCUCAACAAAUCUGCGCAGGGCCCUGGCCCAGUUUUGUGCCUUAAGAAGGCUGCUAUAACCAAAAGGGAGAAUGAAGGGGGACCAAAACCAGGGGACGAGGUUGCUGAGCCCAUGGCAACACAUCUCUGUGACUCAAAACUUAAGAAUUUCCAAAGAUCUUAACGACAGGGAGAUGGAUUCUAAGUGAUGAAGGGCAUGGAACCUAGAUGUCCCCAAGCUCUCCUGCUUUGUGCCUUAUCUAUAGGAGCAACUUCCAUUGGACUUACUGACCUUUUCUGUCUUUGUGGGGACAGAAACUGAGAUAGCUGCUUUUUCUCAUCUUUCUGCCUUUGGAAUACAUGAAGAUGGUCUCUUUUAUGGAUCAUGUUAACAAACUAAGACUUAAAAAUGUUUUCCCAUUGAACCCCUGGUUGGCAAUUUUGCACACUGAUAUAAACAAAAAUUUUAAUGAAAUGAUUUAGUUUUAUUUGUGAAUGAAAUGUGGAUGAAUAGCAGGAUUCUUUCCUUUCACAGGUUAGAGUAAGUGACAGCUCGUUAAAGGCAGAGACACAGGACCCUUAUCCUGGCUCUUGGCUUAUCUUCUGGAUAGACUGAGCUCCUCCCAGCAGUCAGCACUGCCAGAGGGGAGAAAGGUCUUAGCCUUGGGUGUCUGGGAAGUUCUUCAUGGCCUCAAUGCUCUCUUACCAUGAUCCUUCUCUGCAGAAGAGAAAACUGCAUUUUAAAAUAUUCAAACUUAAUGUUCUCUAUUACUUACUAUUUACUCAUAAUGAUCUGGUAGGGAAACAUUCAUUCACUUAAAAUACUGAUUAAGCCACGGUGGGAUACUGAACAUGCAAUAGGCAGCCCAACCAAAGCUAUCACAUUUUUAGAGUUAGAUGGGAAUGCUCCUGGAUAUCUGAACCUCUUCACUUUAUAAAAAAGAAAACAGAGACCCAGGGAGAGAAAACCACUGCUGUAUACUGUAGUAUCUAUGCUCAGGUACUCAUGGGCUAGAUGAAAAAAUAUUUCCAAACUUUGGGAAUUGAAAACAAAUACAGUUUAAUAAAUACAUAUUUUUAAAGUC